AUGGACGCCGCGCCCGCCGUGGACGAGCCCCCUGAGGCGCGGGAGGACAUCAGCACCGCAUCCAUGGAGCACAUGGACCCAGCGAUCCUUCAUGAAUAUCUCCAACAACAUGGCAAACGGGUCCCCCAGCUCUAUCACUACGUCCACACGGCAAAACGCAACUGGCCCGGCCGCUUCACCGACGAAGACACGUGCGCCAUCUGCCUGGAAUCCCUCAACAGCGGCUACACGCCCAACUACACCAGUCUCGCCAAAGCCCUCAGCAACAUCGAGGAAGAAGCCAUCGAUCCCGACAUCACCGCCGUCGACGGCUCUCGCUGCCACAUCGUCCUCGACUGGUUCCACCGGCUCGACCCGACCGCGUCCGACACGGACGUCAACGGCGACGGCAACGACGACCCCUUUCCCUUGAUCCCGCACCUCGGCCUCGUCUCGCGCGCCAACGAAGCACGCUUCCUGCACCCGACCUUCACCGACGACCGGAUCCUCACCUGCUCCUUCGGCCACGCCUACCACCGCCGCUGCCUGCUCGCCGAGAUCACCAGCCCGCGCAGCGAGGACCGCAUGCUGCAGGACCGUUGCCCACAGUGUCGUCGCAGGCUGUUCGCCGACGUCACGCGCAUCCAGGCCCGCCUGCGCCGCUACGAGUUCCGCCGUGCCCUGGCCUUGGCGACGGGCUGGGUCAAGGCCGGCGACUUUUGGCUCCCGGUCAACGGCGUCAUGCUGCAUCCCGAGACGGGCGAGGAGCUGUUCAGGCUGCUGCGCCACGAGCAGUACGACCGCGGCGUGGCGGCUUGGAAGGAGGCCCGGGACGCCUUUUUGGAGGGUGACGUGGGCAGGUUCAGCACUGCGAUGGACGAGGCGGAGCGGAUUGAUGACGAGCUCCAGGCCGAGGAGCAGAGGCUGGAGGACGAUACUGAAGAUGAUACCGAAGAUGAGGCUACUUUGCCGGAUGGGGAUGAUUAG